UGCAUUCUUCCAUUCGGCCGACACAGUAGUGUAAGUUCCUUUGGGUUUCCAAUAAAUUGGAGAGACUCAUAUCUAGUUAUCAUCCAAGAGCCAGUGGGGGUAAGUGAACAUCGGAUACAGUCUGUCAUAAAUGUUGUCAAGCAAAUCGAGGGGUGCUAAAGCUGAAUGGGAUUUAGAUGUACCGUCUACGCAACUCUUCUUAAAGGAUAAAGUAAAUGAACGCACAAAGACGCCGACUUUUACGUUAAUGUUCGGCCAUAGCAUGAAUGAAUUGAAAGAUUCUAGUCAAGAAAAAGACGAGGAAAAAAAAAAAAUAGUGAGUUCGUAGCGAAUAUAAGCACUUGACGAAGGCUGUGUUUCCUGCGAAACGUAAACAAACAAAAGAAAAGGUUUAAUACAUCACAUAAGCUUCUACUCUUACGAAUCCUUUUGACAGUAGCCCUUUAUCUCUUAUGUCUUUUAGAAACAAUUCUCUUUACUACCCUUGUAUUUACUAUAUAGCUUUGUCUCACGCUUUAUGCUUGGCUCAAGGUUUGACUUGUAAGCUAUUGAAAGAAGGAUAUGUGGGCAACCGCUCUGAAAAUAGAGUCAUCUACCAUUGAAUAAAGCCACGUUUAUUCAAUAGCAAAAGAGCACGUAGUGCCCUUAUAUCAGUUAUUAUCUUUAAUAGUGAUAGUCCUCUUU